CUUGUCUUUAUUUCACUCUCUCUAAUCUCUUUACCCUUCUCUCUUUCUCUGCUUUGCAUAUGUAUAGUCUAUAGGGAUGUGAAGCGGGUGAUUUUUGUCACCUAUUCUAAUAUUAAUUAAAACAUUCAAUUAUUUUGUGCAUGUUUUCCGCAUAUUUUGUGUAGGUUAAGAUCUCUGCUCAUGAAGUGAAAUCUAGGGUUUUACCCCUUCAUUUUCAACAUCAAUUUAGGAAAAUUCCUCAGAAUCAACUGCCUUCACCCUUCAGUCUCUUCAGUGCUGUAAAUGGUUGCUGGAACAUUAUCAUUCUGCUUUUGAUUGUUGUUUACUAGCUGAAAAUGACAAAUGAAGAAAUUUUAAAGGCUGUUUUCCCUUUAUUGGAUGGAGUAGACCUUGCUUCCUGUAUGGUGGUGUCUAAGCAAUGGAAAGACAUAGCACGGGAUGAUUACUUCUGGAAAUGUUUAUGUGCAAGGAGGUGGCCUUCAAUUUGCAAGCGACCUAAUCCUCCCACUGUAACCUACUUCAAACUAUAUCAGACCUUUUAUAAACGGCAGCAGCGUCGAACUCUUUUGCCACCAAGACUUUCUUUGGACGAUUUGGAAUUUUUCAUUGACAUUUGGACUGAGUAUAAAUUGAUUUUCUCUGAAGUGGUCCCAGGCCCUGUCUUCCAGAAUGGAAUCAAGAUUCCACCACCGGGAAUUUCAGACAUGCUACGAUAUCAUCUUGAGGACCCUGAAUACAAGAUGACUAUACCUGUUGAGCCAAGGUUUACUAUUCCUUGGAGCCAGACAGUGACUGCUUCAGUGCUUGUGGGACGGAAGGAUUCCAACAGAGUUGCUUGUAUAAUUAAUAAAUCUAGGUUUGAUUACAUAGAUCGAUCAUCCCACAGGGCUCAUGCAUUUGAGUAUCUUGACUUCGCCCCUGCUUACCCUUUCACUUCUGGAAUCCGAGCAUGGAUUUCUUUGCAUUUCAUGGAAGAUGGAAAUGAAGGUGUCCUUGAUGUUUUUGGGCUUGAAAUGGAUUUCUGUGAAGCUGCAAGCACCAAGGAAGAGGUCCUGUGGUUGCUAGACAUGCUAGAUUGGAAGUGAAUGCCAAAGCCAAGAAAUUGAAGCAUCAAACUUUGGUUCAAACUAGUUAUCCAUCUGUAUUCGAGUCUUAGCUAUUUCGCCUAUCUUGUGGAGGGGUGUCUGUGGAGAGUUGUUUGAAUUCCCUCCCUCACCUUCCUUGCAGAGACUGUCCCAAGUGGUUCAAGUUUCAUGCAUGUUCAAAGUCUGUACAUACCUUUUAAAUAUUAUAGCUGCCAAUAAAUACUGAACUUUGUAAUCAAUUCCUGCACAUUCUGAGGUUAGAUGGCUAUCCUUCUUAAGAAGGUGCAAUCCUUGGAUUGUGUUUUGUACUGUGUGAUACAUUAUGAACAAUGUAAUAAAAUCUUUGAAUA